CUCUAUAUGACAUCCUUUUAUAUAUUUGAACAUGGCAAUCAUAUCACCCCUUAACCUUCUCUUCUCCAGGCUAAACAUACCCAGCUCCCUAAGCCGUUCCUCAUAAGGCAUCGUUUCCAGGCCUUCCAGUCCUAUUCCAUCCCCUCCAACAUUUAUCUGAUGAAAAUAGGGCCGUCCACCUCUCCUCUUCCUUGACACCAUCUCCUUUUAGAGUCAUCCAAACCAUUGGCCGCCCCAACUUGCUUCUAUAAUUGAUUGUUCAUUGCAAUCCUUUUUUAACUGACCAUAGUUCGCUGGUAGAACAUCUGCUUUGCAAAGGUCCUGGGGUCCAGUCCCUGGCAUCUCUGAGCAGGGUUUGUGAGAGAAUGCUGCCUGGGGCUUAAAAGCACGCGUGCAAACAAUUCUCAUAUAUACACACACACACAAACAGUGUGUGUGUGUGUGUGUGUGUGUGUGUGUGUGUGUGUAUGAAUGAAACUGAUGGGGCCACAUUAGUUUAUCAUACAACUGGAGGAAAUUGUAUUAUUAUAUUGUAUCGUAUCGCAUUGUAGCAUGGGGUGGGUGUGAUCAAUAAACACGUGCUCACAUGCAACGCAGGUAAUCCUAAGAACUUAGAAUCUGGCUCAGUACGUAGCAGCUUCCUAUGUUCCUGCGUUUUCUCCUAAAAUCCUGUGGCCGUGAGUUCUGCAGGCUAGCGGUGCACGGUGCAAAGAACCCCUUUUUCUUUCGUCUGGUGGUGCUUUGGUCUAAACAACCGAGCCUCUUGGGCUUGCUGAUCGGAAGGUCGGCGGUUCGAAUCCCCGUGACGGGGUGAGCUCCCGUUGCUCUGUCCCAGCUCCUGCCAACCUAACAGUUUGAAAGCACGUCAAAGUGCGAGUAGAUAAAUAGGUACCGCACCAGCGGGAAGGUAAACAGUGUUUCCGUGCGCUGCUCUGGUUUCCGUCAUGCGCCAGAAGCGGUUAAGACCAGCUAGCCACAUAACCCGGAAAGCUGUCUGCAGACAAACGCUGGCUCCCUCGGCCUGAAAGUGAGAUGAGCGCCACAACCCCAUAGUCGCCCUUGACGGGACUUAACCUUUCAGGGGGCCCUUUUCCUUUUACUCUUUACCUAAAAUCUUGUGGCUGUGAGUUUCGCAGGCUAGCAGCGCACGGUGAUCUCCCCGGAUCUCCUGUCUCUCUUCCCCCAAAAAAAACUUUAAAAGAAAAACAACAACAUUGCUCGCAGGGUGCGCUAAAAGCCAGAGACCCUUGACUUCCAGGCCAUUGAUCCCAGAUUUUUUUUUGUGGCUUUCUCUGAAGCACCCAGGAAGGGCACCGAGCCACCGAACCGUUUUGAAACUUCACGUUUAUUUUGCCCUCCGCUCGUUCCUAGAAUUCUUCUGCCGGGGCCGGGGAGGAGGGGAGGUUCGAGGUUCUUAUCAGGCUGGCGCAGCCUGCGCACCACUGCGAGUGUGCCUGCGCCUCGUUCGAAACCAGGCAGCGUGGAGCACAGAGCAGGUGCCCCCUAACAGGCCUCUCCGGGGAUGAGGCGAGGGGAGAGACAGAGAGAGAGAGAAAAGGCCCCAUGUAGUUUCUGCCUGUUGGGGGGGAAACGCUCUUUGCUCCGGGUUCAGAAACAGAAGGAGCGGCCUUUGCUCAGCCUUGCGAUAGGAGGAAUGGAUUUCGGUUUCGGCAGGGACCGCAAAGCCCUGUUCCUGAUGUGAAGGCCGCACAACGCACAACCUGUGAAAAACAUCUAGAGAACAUCAUCACACCUCCUAAGGGGAAGUCUCUGAGGAACCUCCUUUCGAAAACAGAAAUGUACAUUCGUAGGCUUGUCUUCAGCUCGUCUCCGAGCCCAGACCCUGAAGAUGAAGAACCGAGGAGCCCCCAGUCCGGUUCGCGAGGGGAGCUGAAGUUUGAAGAGGCGACAGGCGACGAGUAUUUUGACUUGGGGCACCACCGCGAGGAGAGGGCUGGGGAUGGGUGGGGAAUGGCCGAGCCCCCCGGAAACGGGUCCAGGUCCAUCCAUGGGAGGAAGGAUCUUUGGACGGCGCCACCGGGCAGAGAGUCCAAGCUGGAGGUGGUCCAAUCCGGCUCACUGUACGACAUUCGGGCGUACAAAGGCGAGAUGAAGCCUUCAAGGCUCUACGGUGAGGACGAAGAGGAGCUGAGGUACAGGAUCCGUCCCGAGGAGGCCUCGCCGGAGAAAGCCGAGGAGCUCGAGGAGGAACGGCGGGAGAUUAUCCGGAGCCAAGUGGUUCGGAAAAGCACCACCAUGGCCGAAAAGUGGAGCUCCGUGGAGGAGCUGGAGGCCAUCAGCGCUGCCUCGGCCGGUCGAGAAGCUGCCCCGGCGACGAGGAGUUAUUCCACCGGCUUCGCCGUCUGUUUCGACAGCCCCUCUACCCGCUGGGAGAGCACCCCCGUCGACCCUCAAAACAUAGACACGGAGAAGAUCAAUUUCGCCAUGGCUCGGCAACAGUUCUUGGAACUGGAGAAGGCUAACCCCAAGCUGUUUCUGGGGCCGAGGAAACCGGUGCCGAGCUCACGGACAACGCAAAACGUUCAGGGGGUGGAAGGGGAGCAGAGUCCUGAUGUCUAUGGCCAGAGAAGAGUGGUUUGGUCUAGUGAGAGUCAUGUUCCCCAAAGAACAAAGCCCAGGUCUCCCAAGCAAGCCCCUAUUUGUCAAAACUCAGCUGGAGACGGCUGGAAUUACGGUCAGGCAGAAAUGUCCCAGAACUCAAGCGUUGUGGCGCCUGAUGGAAGACGGGUCUACAUCCGAGAGGAGGCGGGAGAACCUCUGGACUGGGAGGCCGGUGGCCAAGGCCUUGCCGGAGAAGAUCCAGGGUCCUCAGAUGAGACGCCCAUCGAGCGGGAAAUCCGGCUGUCGAUGGAAAGGGAGGAGGCCCACCGGAAAGAGAGGGGGAUGCGCCGGGUCAACAGCCGGGACGAGCUGGUGGAGAUCCAGACCAAGCCUCUGCUGCUGUCCGCCGACACACCGCCAGCUUCCUCCCGGAAAGGAAAAGACAAACACAACGUUUCCUUCUUUGUGCAGAGGGAGAUCGAGCAGGAAAGCAGGCGUGAGGAGGACCUGCAGAAGGGAGGGAGGCUGUCCGGGACGUACAGCGGGGGGGUCUGCCUGGAGCUCUCGGAACGCCGGAAAGUGUUCGAAAGGGACGGGGAGGCCCCCAUGAUGGCAAGGAUGGUGGGCGGGCAAGAGGAGGCCCAGAAGGGCAACCCUGGGAAAAGGACGGCCGGCCAGGACGUGGAGUGGAGCUCAGGGGCCUGCCAGCCUUCUUUAGCCAGCAGAAGAAAGCAAGAGGGCGACUUGCCCCCUUCCGACCGGAACGACACCGUUUCCGGCCAGCGGGUGGAUUCCUCUGGCUCUUGGGUUCCAGAAGACUCGGGAGAGGAGCCUGCGAUUUUGCGAGAGGGACAUUUCGCCAUUCCAGUGAGGAAACUCAAGUUCUCGUCUCCCGGAGACCGGGAACCUGCGAGCUCCCGGAGGCAAGAGGGCAGGCCAGAGUGGGUUGCUCCCCGGGAGGAGCUGUACACCGUGAAGACGCGGAGACCCCGGAUGUCAGCCCUGAUCGACCAGGAGAUCCGGGACGCUUUGCAGAGGGAAGUGGAGCUCCAGGAGCAGAGGAGGAAAGUCGGGGCAGCAGCGGCGGGGUCGAAGGCACCCUCUCGGACGUCGUCGCAGAGCUCAGCUACUUCAGGAAUUGCUGACAGCUACCGCGUAUCGGCCGCGGCUGCUCCUGAUUCCCCUGCGAGGUCGUCUCCCACGCCGUCCCCGCGGCAAGCCUAUGCAGGGAGAUCAUCCUUGGAGCGUCCCUCGGCGGAAGAGGAAAAUACCAAGAGGCACAGGGAGGGAGGAACGUAUGCUGGCAUGGAGCUGCACGACGAAAUCGACUCAGAGGUUGUGAAAUCCACCAAAGUUGUCUGCCAGAGGGGACUUCUGGCUCAGCUUUGGGAGACGGGCCAGAUCCGCGGGGUCGACGACGACAGCGACUGAUCCUUGGAGAGGAACGAGAUUUCCCAAAGCCGGCAUUGGUUCCCACCCUUUUUAAUUCUCUGCCCCCGUGUGUUUUUUCCAUUCGAUCUCUUCCCGGCUUCGGCCAGCAAUUUGGAUCCCGCCCACCCAUCUAUGUCCAAUUAUAAUUCUGCGUUGCUUUGAUUGUGAGAGGGACGACCCAGAAUUGAUCCUGGCGAUUUCGAGGGCUCUGGGUUGCAAUGUGGGGAGAGGGGGGCAAACAGACACUACCGUAGAUAAGAGCUGCCUGCCGCCCCCUCGGCUUUUGCAUCUGACGGCAACUGGCUGCCGCUCCCAGGAGAAAGAGCCCCGAGAGCCAGUCCUGAGGACUAGCAUCUUAACUUUCCUUUUAGGGGAAGGUCAGUGGAAGUGCUGAAGACCCCCAGGUGCAGCCCCUUGCACUGCCAGCCAGUACUCAGGCAGAUAGUCUCAGUGCAGGGCAGCUUCCCACUUUCCCCUUUAUAUCAGUUCAUGAGGACUAGAAUUUUCAUUCCCCCUUUUCAAAGGAAAGGAAAGGACCAGGGCUUGGGGCAGAGCCACUGCUUUUUGAUGCAGAAGUUCCCAGAUUUAAACCUUGACAUCUCAAGGUAGGCCUGGGGGAGAGGCAUGCUGCCCGACAAAGCUGCUGCCAGUCUGUGUCAAGAAAUGCUGAGCUAGAUGGAAUCUUAAUAAAGUGUAGUUUCCUUCCUUCCUUCCUGAGCGGAGGCAGUUGCAGCUGCGUGGUGGCAGCAGCUUCUGCCGCUUUGUGGCUGGUGGGUCCCAAUAAUAAUAAUAAUAAUAAUAAUAACAAUAACAAUAGUAAUAAUUUCUUAUUUAUACCCCGCCCAUCGGGCUGGGUUUCCCCAGCCACUCUGAGCGGCUCCCAACAGAAUAUUCAAAACAUGAUGAAAAACUUCCCUCAACAGGGCUGCCUUCAGAUGCCUUCAAAAAGUGAGAUAGUUGUUUAUUUCUUUGACAUCCACAGGGAGGGCGCCACCACCAAAAAGGCCCUCUGCCUGAUUGCCUGUA